AUGGAAGCUUGUUACUCUCAGGACAAGUAUAAUGUCACCACAUUCAAUGUCUUGGCAACGGCCAUCCUCUCCCUGCAGACAUUUGCUGGCAUGUGGAUAAAUGCUUUCAUGGUUUCUGUGCUUUGCAUUGCUUGGGUCAGAAAGAAAAGCUCCAACUCCAAUGAGAAGAUCUUGCUCUUUCUGGGAUGCUGCCGGUUUGGUUAUUUCUGCAUGACAUGGGUGAAUUCCUUUGUUCAAAACAUUUAUCCCAUGUGCUUUCAUGUAAAAUAUCUACCCCACAUAAUUUCAGUUAUUCUGAUCUUUUUCAUUUGUUCCAGCCUGUGGGUUUCUGCCUUCCUUUCUGUUUUUUACUGUAUCAAAAUUACGAAUUUCCAGCACAGCUUCUUCAUCUACCUGAAAGUGAAAAUUGACAGGAUCGUGCCAUGGGUGCUCUUGGGUUCAGUCCUUUUAUCCCUCAGCUUUGGGGUCCUCAUGUCUGAGAACAUUGAUGAAGCACUCUGUGACAACAUCAACUGCACCACCACAGGAAAUGUCUGGAAACAGAAUAUCAGCCUUCAGCAGCAGUUUUUGCCUUUUUAUUUCCUCAGUGGCUUCGCAUAUGCCAUUGCAUUCACAGCAGUCAUCUCUUCUGCCCUUCUCCUCCUCUUUUCUCUCUGGAGACACAAACACAAGAUGCAGAUGAAGUCACUGAAGAACGUCAGCAUGGAUGCCCACAUCAAAGCCAUGAAAUAUAUUCUGUCCUUUCUCUUCCUUUACAGCAUCAAUUUUAUCUGUUUGGUUUUAACAAUGUCUUAUGAACCAGAGAAGCCAAAUGUUGAGAAUUUUCUCAUUACAAUUUUUUCUCAAGCUUUACCAGCAGCCCAUUCUCUGAUCCUAAUUUUCAGCAAUCCCAAACUGGAAAAGACACUGCUAAGGACCCUGUCCUGUGUGAAGAUUUGCAAGAGGCAGGAAAUGUCAUAA